AUGACCAUAAAUUUUUGUGUUAAUAGGAAACUGAAAAGAAAGUGUAAUGGAUCUAAUUCGACAAAGGAGAUUUUGUUAAGAUGGAGAAAUUUUAACCAAGAGGUUAAUUCGAACGAUGAACAAGUGAAGAAGAAGAGAAAAUCUCCGGGUAAUGGAUCAAAAAAAGGUUGUAUGCCAGGCAAAGGCGGUCCUGAGAAUUCGAGUUGUAAAUACAGAGGAGUUAGGCAGAGGACUUGGGGUAAAUGGGUGGCUGAAAUUCGCGAGCCUGUUUAUAUUAGUGGUGAGUAUAAGAACAGAGGAAAGCGACUUUGGCUAGGUUCUUUUGCUACUGCUGAUGAGGCUGCUAUUGCUUAUGAUGAAGCUGCUAAGGUUAUGUAUGGAUCCAAUGCCACACUUAACUUCCCCAAUUAUUGUGGAUCGUCGAGUAAUGAUACAUCUUCACUUGAAUCGAGUGGUCAAUCGUCUGUUGAUCAUGAAGAUUUAGUGGUUGAUGAUGCAGAGAAGAUUGAAAUUGAGUCGGAUUUGUAA